AUGACUAACUAUAAAUCGGCUUUAGAAGCAACAUAAUUUAUCAAGUCAAAGAUUAAUAAUUUAAACCCAUAAAUUGCUAUCGUAUUGGGUAGUGGUUUAGGAAAUUUCGGAGAUGAAAUUUAAGAUAAAAUCGAAAUUCCUUAUGGAGAUAUUCCCCAUUUCAAAAAAACAUAAGUAAUAGGUCAUGCUGGAAAACUUAUUUUUGGUAAAGUCGAAGGAGUAGAAAUAGUUUGUAUGUAAGGAAGAUAUCAUUUUUAUGAAGGGCAUACAAUCCAAGAAUGCGUGUUCCCAAUCAAAGUAUUUAAGCUUUUGAAUAUUAAGAUUCUUAUACUUACUAAUGCAGCUGGAGGAUUAAAUGAUUCUUAUGAAAGUGGUGAUCUUAUUCUAAUAAGAGAUCACAUAAACAUGCUUGGUAUUAAUCCUUUAAUUGGGUUAAAUGAAGAAGAGUUCGGACCCAGGUUCCCAGAUAUGUCUAUCACUUAUACUCCUUAGCUUUUGGAAAAGGCAAAAAAAGUCAUGAAAGACUUAAAUAUAUCUAUAAAAACAGGAACUUAUGCUGGCUUAAGAGGCCCUAAUUAUGAAACUCCAGCAGAAGUAUAAAUGCUUAGAACAUUUAGAGCUGAUCUUGUUGGAGCUAGUACUGUUUAUGAAGCUAUAGUAGCAAGCCAUAUGAACAUACAAGUAUUAGGUAUUUCAUGUGUAUCAAAUAUGGGAGCUGGAAUAUCUAAAACUCCUCUAUCUCAUUAAGAAAUUAUUGAUGUUUCUAAUAGUAUUAAAUCUAAAUUUUCGAAUUUAGUUAAGAAUUUAAUUCCAAAUUUGUUAUGA